AUGCCUGAAGAUGAGUCGGGCAACAUCUCGCAAAGCCACCUCACCGAAAAUGAAUCUUACGACAAUCAGUCAACUGCACAAUUAGAUAGCGACCGCAAACCCGACGAUCUCGAACUCACUUCUUUAAGCCUCUCGUCGCACAGUACCCCGCGCGCUGCACUGCGCGAGAACGCACGCAACGACUCAACAGUAACCUCCUCUAUAGCCCAUCCUUCCCCUUACGAUCAAGGCCUUGCCGAAGAUGACGAGCACUACCAGCAAGACGACUCGUAUCUCCCAACCACACCCGGAAAACAGACGUCGCGCGGUACAUACAACCGAUCUUACGCCGAUAAUUUGCUGUCCUCAUCACCCUUCGUCCCCCCUGUUUCCAACGAAGUGCUCACAUCGGGCAACCACAAAGGCCCCAUUCUGCACAACUUCGGAGACAAAACUUACCGCGUCCAAGCCACACCCAUGGGUAAGGCCUACGAUCCCUCCCGCUCCCGCUUUGCUGUCACUCCCAACGCCGCUUCCGUCAAGAAAUACGCCUUUGAAGACUCCCCCAUUUCUAGUCCUGAACCUGAAGCUCCGCAACUCAACUCAGAGCUCUUCUCCUCCCCGCUUAAGCCCCAAACUCCAGGUACGGGAGGCAGAGGACGUCCCGAUGCAAACCGGUCCCGCGCCCCGCCUAAGCCAGGAACUAGCGUACUCACGCCGGCAAAGGGUGGUUUCGGAAAACGUAGCGAGUGGGAUAGCGAUGAUGAGCAGUUUACUUAUGACGACGACGAUGACGAGCUGGGCCUCAGUCCGCCGAAGACAAUGCAGUUCCAUAUUCCGCAAAGCCGACUUAUGAAAACGCCAGCCAGAGAAGCCUCAAGGCGAAUAGUAGAACAGUUGCUUUUCACAGCCGGUGCGAAUGAUACCACGGAGGACCUACAGGAUGAUCAGAGCCCAAGCGUUAUUCGGCGGGUGGAGAGGCUGGAGGAUGAUACUUUCUAA